AUGCAAGAAGAUACUAAUUUGUCGUACUUUCAUGGAGCGCUUAUGGACCAGGACGCCGACGUAAUGCUUCAGAACGAAGGAGACUUCCUGAUUCAGUCACGACAUUCAAGCCAGGCGAUAAGACAGCGUAUGGUGAUUGCGAUUCGUACUAAAGACUCCAUAAAACGUAUUGACAUUCGACGAAACGAGAACGGAGUUCGGCUAGGAGGCAAAACAUUUCCAAAUUUAAAGAAGAUGGUAGAAUAUUACUCUAAAGAACCAAUAGUAUUACAAGGAGGAGAAGAACUAUUACUUAAAAAAGCCGUUCCCAAAGGGAAAUUCCAACUUGUUCAUAGUGAUGUGAGACUUCUUAAAAAGAUUGGCUCCGGUGCCUAUGGCACUGUGUAUCGUGGACAAUUAAUUCGCGAUAAUAACAGAACAAUAGCCGUGAAAAGGAUCGAUUCGGAAGGAACAGACGAACAAGGCACGUUCUCUUUGCGAGCUAACCAUGAACACACAUGCAUCCUUCACCUUGUGCUGCGAAUCUGGAGGGUAUCCCACCAACAUACAUUGGCUGAAAUGAUGAAGGAAGCUCGUGCAAUGCAGCUUAACGAACACAAACACAUAGUAAAAUUUUACGGAUUUAUUGUUGACCGUAUGCCGUAUCUACUGGUGAUGGAAUAUUGCGAUGGUGGAUCCGUGGAAGACAAACUUCGCGCUUAUCCCAAGAAGAUCACCGUGCCGAUGAGGGUCGACAUGAGCACUCAAGGCUCCUAUGGACUGGAAUACUUGCACUCACGAGAUACUGUACAUUCCAGUUGUAUCCAUAGAGAUAUCGCCACCAGAAACUGCCUCAUCGAUAAGGGUAUUGUGAAGCUCGCCGAUUUCGGAAUGUGUCGUGCGACGAACGUCUACAAGAUCGACCUCUCCAAGCCGCUUAACGUACGAUGGCUAGCGCCUGAAGU